AUGCGAAUGAACGUGGCAUCCGUCGCGCGUUGCGCCACUCGUGCGCGCGCCAUGCGCUGGGUGCGCAGUCUUGCUACGCAAGCGACACCGCUAGCGACGGAUAUCAAGCCCACCGAGUCGGAUCUCCAGCGCUUGCUGUGCCAGCGGAAUGUCGGUAUUAGUGCGCACAUUGACAGCGGCAAGACGACGCUGACGGAGCGUGUGCUGUACUACACGGGCCGUAUCAAGGACAUCCACGAGGUGCGUGGACGUGAUGAAGUCGGCGCCAAAAUGGACAGCAUGGAGCUGGAGCGUGAGAAGGGUAUUACGAUCCAGUCGGCUGCGACGUACUGCAACUGGAAAGCGACGCCGCCGACCGAGCGCAGUGACAUGACGGGUGAUGCGGCCGAUACGACGGAGGUUACGACGCAGAAGAAGCAGGACUACCACAUCAAUAUUAUCGACACGCCGGGCCACGUCGACUUUACGAUCGAGGUCGAGCGUGCGCUGCGUGUGUUGGACGGAGCGGUGCUGGUGCUGUGUGCCGUCUCGGGUGUGCAGUCUCAGACGAUGACGGUGGACCGCCAGAUGCGCCGGUACAGUGUGCCGCGUCUGUCGUUUAUCAACAAGAUGGACCGCGCAGGUGCGAACCCGUUCCGUGUGAUUGAGCAGAUCCGGACCAAGCUGCGUAUGCCGGCGGCGGCGAUGCAGGUGCCGAUCGGGGCGGAGGACGACUUUGCUGGGCUGGUCGACAUUGUGCGCUGGAAGGCCGUGUACAACGAAGGCACGAAGGGCAAUGUCGUGCGUGAGACGGACGAGAUUCCUGCCGAGGUGCUGGAGCUGGCGAAGCAAAAGCGCCAGGAGCUGAUUGAGCAGCUGUCGGAUGUGGAUGACGAGAUGGCGGAGAUCUUUAUCGAGGAGCGCGAGCCGACGCUGGAAGAGCUUGUGGCGGCGGUGCGUCGCGCGACGGUCGCCUGCCGCUUCUCGCCCGUGUUCCUCGGCACGGCGAUCAAGAACAAGGGCGUGCAGGCGCUGUUGGACGGUAUGUGUGCGUACCUGCCGAAUCCGAUGGAGGUGCGUGCCGUUGCGAACGACACGGCGGUGGCCAAGCGUCUGGCGGCGGAGGCGAACGAGGCCGGCGAGGACGUGACGGCGGUGCAGUCGACGGCGCAGCGCGGCAGUGAGGUGCAACUGGUGCCGGCGACCGAGGCGCCGCUGGUGGGUCUGGCGUUCAAGCUGGAAGAGAGCCGCUUUGGCCAGCUGACGUACAUGCGUGUGUACCAGGGUGUGCUGCGCCGCGGCGGCAUCAUCUUCAACUCGCGUACGGGCAAGAAGGUCAAGGUGCCGCGUCUGGUGCGUAUGCACGCCGACGACAUGGAGGAUGUGCAGGAGAUUGGCCCUGGCGAGAUCUGCGCCAUGUUUGGUGUGGAGUGCUCGUCGGGCGACACGUUCACCGACGGCAGCACGGCGCUGUCGAUGUCGGCGAUGUUUGUGCCUGAGCCGGUCAUUUCGCUGUCGCUGACGCCUGAGGGCAAGGACACGAGCGUGAACUUCUCGCGCGCGCUGAACCGCUUCCAGAAGGAGGACCCGACGUUCCGUGUGCACGUCGACAGUGAGUCGGGCGAGACGAUCAUUUCGGGCAUGGGCGAGCUGCACCUGGACAUUUACGUGGAGCGCAUGCGCCGCGAGUACAAUGUGCCGUGCACGACGGGCAAGCCGCGCGUCGCGUUCCGCGAGACGAUCUCGCAGCCAGCGACGUUCAACUACACGCACAAGAAGCAGACGGGUGGUGCGGGUCAGUUUGGUCGUGUGAUCGGCUACAUUGAGCCGAUGAAGGUCGACGAGGACACGGGCAAGGACACGGCGUUUGUGAACAGCGUCGUCGGCGGCAACAUUCCGCCGAGCUACAUUCCCGCGUGUGAGAAGGGCUUCCACGACGGUCUCGAGAAGGGCGCGCUCGCCGGCUACCCGGUGUGUGGUGUGCGCAUGGUGCUCGAGGACGGUGCGUCGCACAGCGUCGACUCGAGCGAGCUGGCGUUCCGCAUCGCUGCGCACGCCGCGUUCCGCGAGGCGUUCCGCGGCGCCCAGCCGCUCAUUCUCGAGCCACGCAUGGCCGUCGAAGUGCUCGCGCCCGUCGAGUUCCAAGGCGCGGUGAUCGGCGCGCUCAACCAGCGCAAGGGCACGAUCGAGGACACCGAGGUGCGCGAAGACGACUUUACGAUCACGGCGGAGGUGUCGCUGAACGACAUGUUUGGCUUCUCGAGCCAGCUGCGUGGCCUGACGCAGGGCAAGGGCGAGUUUUCUAUGGAGUACAAGAAGCACGAGCCUGUCAUGCCCAAUGUCCAGGCCGACAUGGAAGCCGCCUACAAAAAGAGCCUCGAGCGCAAGUAG